GCGCGCAGAGCACCGAGUGACGCACCCACCUCGCGGUGUUGUGUUGAACACGUACGUCACAGCACGUUUCGUCACUUCCCGGUAGACCGACAUGUUGCGCCGACUCGCCGUCUAAUCAAUCGCUAUCAUGGACGUUCUGUUGAUUUACUUUAUUGCUGCUAUCGUCUCUACAAGAGUGACGUCACGACGAAUCUUUGAACACUUACCGGAAGUACGUCACACAAGAGAGCUGGUCGUCAACUCCGUGUCACGGCGGAUUCCACACAUCGUACCGUACGACGAUGACGACGACGACGACGACGACGACGUGGCUGAUAGACGACGAACUGAGAGCAGCUGGCACACGGAAAACUCGCUGUCGAGGUUUUACUUUUGUAUCGAGGUGUCUGGGGUAGCGUGUAGACUGGACACGCUAGUACUGCGAAAUGACGUCCGGGGAACAGUGCAGUCGAUUCUCAACACGUGUUUGGAGAAGACAGCGGAAUGUCUGUGGAAAUCUCGGUAUAUGCGAUGUUUUAGAGUCAAUUGCGUCUACGUCUGUACAAUGUUGGCCGCGAAAAAUGGCCAAGAGCAGGAGAAGACAACUGUACCGCGAAAUCAUCGAGUUCGUAGAAGUGACCAACCGCAGUGCCGAGCCGUGUGUCAGCUCAUGGUGUGUGUCGGCAGACUGGCAGACGUCAGAAACCAGAACUUCAUCCAGUGUGUUUUAAACAUCAAGGUGACGACAUCAGCGACGUUGACUGUGGUCCAGCCAACAACAAGCGGUGUGUUCUCAACUCCACUAACCCCUCCCGUCCUCGUCACUGGUCCACCCGGGGUCAACUCGACCACUUUACAGAGUACAACCCCCGUGGUGGGCGCGGUGUCACAGCGACCCCAGACCGUCAUCGCCGGCGUCGUCACGGGCCUCGUCAUUCUCAUCAUCGUCGCUGGCAUCGCUAUCCUUGUCUGGGUGAAGUAUCAGUGGCGGCGCAGGUCAAGAUGUUUGAUCUCGUCUAAAGCAGAAAACGGCAGAAGGGAGUCUCAGAUGGCGUACUCACAUUUACAAGAAACUCGCACGACUGGUACCCGCCCGAUCUCGUCUAGGUCGUCUGUGGAGUACAAUCUACCCGAUCUGCUGGAGACAAUCCCGCACUGUCCUCCCGGAAGUGACGACUCUCAGUACAGCCAUCUUGGUGAUAUCAUCAAACCUACUUCCGGUUCAGGACACAUCUACAACAAACCUACAACGACGCAGUCGGAAAACUGUACGACUGAAAAUAACUAUGAUAGACUGGCAGCAAACGAAACCGGUGUAUGUUUCAUAACAGUCUCCCGUGACAAGGGAGGCGACUCGGACGGUACUAAUUCUGUAUAUGACGUGCUUAGCAGUUAUGAAUCAGAAGGGGACAAAAUAUUAUACUUUACAGUGGAUUCCAGUGCUGAUGUGUAUGCUGAAAUAUCAGAAGUUACUAAAAGGAAAAAUAGUGUUAUGAAAAAUGUGUAUUUUACGUUAGAACAAACAGCUGGUAGCGAACACGACAAACAACAGAAAGAAUGACAGAUUAAUUUGUGUACUUCAGUAUUUUAAAUCCGUCUCGUACCUAGACUGUGUUUGUUUGUUGACAAACUUCUGUGUGCAUCUGAGACUACAUUCAGUGUAGUCUCCGGUGUAGACAGUCGUUCUGGCUGUACUGAAAUAGUUAAAUGUAUCUAGACACUCUUUACAAGAGUCUGUUUAUGAGCGAGACUAUUAAGAAUUUUGACCAUGAACCUGUCCGGCUAGUGUCGUUGCCGUGGAUACUGAAGAGGUGAGGUUCACAUCAUAAGUGUUCUCAAGAUGCGUGUGCAGAGAAGGAGUUUGGGGGAUCGGACACACCCUCAAAGAAAAUUUUAUGUUUUUUCUAACACAUUUUCCGGGGAAAGCAUGAACCGACCCCCAAAAACAUUUCGCUGGUCAGUCUAGUACAAGUUCCUGUACACACGCCUGUGUUCUGUGUGGAAAUACUGUCUCGACGUGAUGUCAAAUCCGUGGACAUCAUCUGUUGAUUAAAUAAACAUCAGUUUUCAAUAUUA